CUCUCACCUUCCCAUCGCCACCUCUUGACUUAUCGACUCCCAACCUAUUCAUCUACGUGACAUCCGGAAGGAUGUAUCGUCUAACAUCGUGAGCCUUGCGUUAGCGAGACGGGCGACAUCCGCGAUCGAGAAAAGCAAACAAACAACGCACAGGAGUUUCGACAUCACAACCCAACGACCUACGACCUUGGUGCGACAUCACUUUGGACGGCAAUCGAUAGCCACUUUGUGCGCGACAUGGCCGGUCCCGCACAACUAUCGUUUCAGCCACCUUCACCUCCACCUUCAUCCGGCAAACAAAAUACGGAGGACGGAGUGCCGCUAGAUUUCGUUGCCAAGAAGACCCAAGGGAUUGCAGAUUCGGGGGAGGCGAAUCCCAUGCCGAAGGAGAGACGGGAGGCGAAGGUUACGAAGAGAAAGGAGUUUGUUGAUAGCAGUGGCAUGGGUUCCGAGAAAGCGAUAGAACAGGUUGCAGAGUCAUCGAAAGGUGCGGCUGCCGGAAAGCUAGUCAAGAACGAUAACGAGUACCCGUUGCCGUCGGAGCUGCCAGCAUGGUAUGCGAAGAUCAAGACCACGGACCGAGGUAUGAAAGAGCUAGGCAAGCGGCCCAGUUCGCUCGCGACGCAGGCCUUAACGGCCCUGUCAAGCAUGAACGGAUGCAUGGAUCGCUGCGAACAGCAGGGCGUAAGCCGUGCCCAGCUCGGAAAGCUCUUCGAAGAGCUGCGUGACCAAGUGCACAAAGCAGAGAUCACGCUUAAGAUUGACCGCUUCAUCGUCCGCAAGACGAGGUUCCUCGACCCGGAAUACGGGCUGCCUCGCAUCUUCGCUUCCAAGAAGGUGGACUUCCCAUGGGAUCUAAAGGCCGACGCCUGGCAGCUCUAUAGCCGAUGGCGCCAAGAGGUCUUUGAGGUUGACAUUUUAAGAGGUAUCAAAAUUGCUAGAGAAACUGACCGCGGUGGUGACCGCAUUGAUCCUACCUACAAGGGUAGACAAUACGCCGAUUUCUACGGGCAGGGCCACCUGGUGCUUGGACAGUGGUGGCCGACGCAGCUGUGCACAGUCCGAGAUGGAGCCCACGGCAAUCCUCAAGGCGGUAUAUACGGCAAGAAGGAGAAAGGAGCUUACUCUAUCGUCCUUUCAGGGGGAGAAUCAACCGACGAGGACAAUGGAACCGAUAUCUGGUACACCCCCACGGACAGCACGGUCCGCAUGAUCGAAUCAUGUGAUUCAGUGCAUAAUCCCGUGCGCGUCAUUCGAUCACACCAGCUGCCGAAACGUAACCGUUAUCGACCGGUAGUUGGCCUGCGAUACGAUGGCCUUUACGAGGUCGUCGAGAAGAAGCCGGUUGAUACAGAGAAGGCGGCGUACAAGUUCCAUCUGGUCAGGUGCAAGGACCAGCAUCCGAUUCGCUGUGAAGACAACGCGGCCCGACGGCCGACGCGUUUUGAGAUUGCCGGGGACGACGAGCGGCUCCACAGAAGGGCUCUGCGCGAGCUUGCAGAAUUAAAGGCACGGCGUGAGGCUGAAUAGAAGGCCAGGGAAGAAGCUACUGUUUGUCUUCCCAUCGCCAUGCAGAAUAAACAUAUUCUAAUGCCUCUGGACAACAGAAGAAGGGCUCCGGCUCUAGCUAAACACCAGGGAGCCUCUUUGCGGCAGCCGCCUCCAAAGAUAAGCUCGACCCGUCUCUGCGCGACUUCCCUAGGAGGGAAGCACCGACUGGCCCCAAUAAUCAAGCGUGUUCAUACAGUACUAAGCCAAAAGUCUGUUCGCAGCAGGGGUUAGCGAG